AUGGAACAGAGUGACGAAGAGAGUUCUGAGUCGGCAGAGGAGGAGGGCUCUGAUGACGAGGACAAAUCAGAAAACGAGGGAGGGGAGAACAGUGAUGAGGAGUUUGAUGAGGAGUGUGAUGAAGAGUGUGAUGAGGAAAGCGAAAGUAGCGAUCGUGAGGAUGAACAUGGAACCGACGGGAGUGAAGAAGAUGAGGAUGAAGCUGAGGCACGUGCACGGAACAACGGCAAGAUGCGUGCAGUGGAAGCGUUAAAGGAGAAGACAGCUGAUGAAGGCAAAGGCAAAUCCAAGGCAACGCGUGGGAAGGGUCAUGGCAAGGGCAGGCGCGGUCGCAUAAAAAAGGGGAAGCAUAGUUCAUCCAAGAAGGCGAAAAAGGAGGAUAGGAAGGGGAAGGGCAAGCUGGAUGAGACCAACAAUGAAGAGAAAGGCAAGAAGAAAUAUAAGAAGGGCAAAGAGAAGGUUACCUACCCCAUCAAGGAGAAAGGUGAGAUCUAA